AUGCUUAGCAGAGCUCAGAAGCGUCUCCAAAGAGAAUUCGAAGAAAUGACUCGCCAUUACCAAGACACUUUCCCAGUCGAAAUCCCAGAAAAUGACACUAACCGCAUGACAUGGUAUGUAAGCUUUAUAGGAGCUGAAGGCAGCAUUUUUGCAGGCGAAAGGUAUACAUUGGAAUUCAGGUUCAGUGAUAAUUACCCAAUAGAAGCUCCAGACGUAAUUUUCAGAGGAGCAUACCCUCACCACGAGCAUGUGUAUUCAAACGGCUAUAUUUGUCUGUCAAUUCUCUAUGAUGAUUGGUCACCUUCUAUGAAAGUAAGCUCGGUCGUCAUGAGCAUACAGUCGAUGCUAUCAAGUGCAACUAGGAAAUCAAGACCUGCAAAUGAUGCAAGCUUUGUAAGUUAUGCAGGAGGAAGGAGUCCAAAGACGUUUAAUUGGAUUUUCGAGGACGAAAAGUGCUAA